UACCAGAUUUAUUUUUUUCACGUUAAAAUUACAUUUGUUAAGUAAGUAGGCCGACAAACUGCAGAACGAAGUCAACUCCAAUCCAGAAUUGAAUUGCAUCUAAACAUUACUAAGAGAAUCGCAAUUCCCCAGGUCUUUUAUCGUUCAAAACCAUAAUCUAACACCCUUUACCACUCGGGCUGUCAAAGUCAAUACCAUAAAGUGGCUAUCUUCUGCAAUACAUUAUCCCUCCUUAUCUAUGGCCAUAACAUGAAACUUGGGAUCUAUUUUAUUAUAAAGUGCAUUGUCGGCUUCGAAGUAGCUCGGUCGACCACCGAACGUAAAUAAUUUAACUGUCUUAAAAGAUUCAAAAAUAGUUUCCUAACAUUGCCCCCCUUAAUAUGUGCACCAUUUGUCAGGCCAUAACUGGAUUUAAACGACGCGUUACAACACCAAGGGCUCCGCCCUCUGACAAAACUAUAUCCAUCCCUUUCCAACUCACUGAAACGCCAUGUCUUAUGAUAGCAUCUUUCUCCAUCCAACGAACGAUCUUGGAAAUGUUUACCUUGUUACAAGGCUUCUAAAAAUGUGCCUAUUGCUUACAUUACAACUUCUAAAAUAGACCUUAUUUGUGGUAGAUAUAAAGGUUAACUUCGAACAGUAUUAUAAAAAUGGGGGGAAUCAAUUGAAGCGAGAAGUUCCAUGAAAGAGAUGGAACGAGCCGUUCCGUUUAAGUUAGUGAGUCCAAACGAGUUUUUAUGUUUGGAAAUCGUAUUAAGCUUUUGUUGGAAACUGUUCCACUCAACGGGCAUAGUUGAGGCGUUUGUGCGGUCAAACUAUCGUGUUCGAAUUUCGAAAAGCGGUGGGGGUGCCGCUGAUUGGCUCGUUUCGACUGAUAUUGUGUAUAACGAUUUGGCCGCGAGCGGUCGAGCGUAGCGCGCGAACCGGAGCUUUUUCAAAUAAGGAACACGACUUCACAUGACGUUCCAAAAAUAAAUUUAAAUUGUAUUUGAAAAUUAAAUAGUGGUUUACAUUCCGUUAUGAUAUCUGUUAAAUGUUAUAAGUGAAUAUAACUAUUGAGUGCCAGUGUUUUGAGACUAAUAAUUACAAAGAUGUCGUCAGUGCAUUCAGACGACGACCAAGAAGAGAUUAAUGUAGAUUCUGAUAGCAGAUUAUCAGGUCAAUGUGACAGAAGCAUUGCAUCUGAAGACAGAGAUUCAGAGCACAGCUAUCAUGACAGAUAUCAUGAUUCUCCCAACGAACACAUGACUGAUACACAGCCCAGAGUAAAUCUCCCAUUUAGUAUAUCCAGGCUAUUAGGAAAACAAUUUGAAGAUAUAGAAAAACGUCGACAUUCAGGAGAAAGUGAUGAUAGAAGUGACCAAGAUACAGAAUCAGAAAGUGCUAAAGACGAUGUUAAAGACAGUACAAAUUUGCCUUUAAAUUUUUCGCAUAAUCCGGGCCUUUAUUCAAAUUCUGGGUUGUUGUUGAGGCCGGGGUUGGGUUUGGGGGGUGGUUAUGGGUUUUCUAGUAAUCCAGGGGUGGUGAGAGUGCCAGCCCAUAGAGCCCUGGGGGCGCUGGGUGCGUGGGGUGUGGCUUUAGAUCCUAUGAGACAGGCGGCCGCUGCAGCGUUCGCGCACCAAGUCGUCAAAGAUAGACUAAAUGCAUCGUUCCCCAUCACGCGGAGAAUCGGCCACCCGUACCAGAACAGAACUCCCCCCAAGCGGAAGAAACCGCGGACGUCCUUCACCAGGCUGCAGAUAGCUGAGCUGGAGAAGCGGUUCCACAAGCAGAAGUACCUGGCGUCCGCUGAGAGAGCCUCGCUGGCCAAGACUCUGAAGAUGACCGACGCUCAGGUCAAGACCUGGUUCCAGAAUCGGAGGACUAAGUGGAGACGACAAACAGCAGAAGAAAGAGAGGCUGAACGCCAAGCAGCUAACCGCUUGAUGCUGUCCCUGCAAGCUGAAGCGUUAAGCAAGGGCUACAUUCCGGAACCACCGGGCGCUGCGCCACUGUCAGCACUUCACUACCAAAAUCCAGCUAACCCAGCCGCUGCACCGCCAUCGAACACGGCUUUAAGCGCUUUACAAAACCUACAGCCAUGGGCUGGAAAUCAAAAUGGAUUCCUCAAUGCCCCGCCGUCGACCGCACCUCCCCCCCAUCCGCCGCCCGUCGCCUCACCAAUAUGUUGAAUUUGAAAUUAGAAUGUAAUCUUUUUAUAAUCGAUUAUUUGCGGCCAUGUUUGUAAGGCCAAUUUGUAAAUAUUGUACGAUCUCAAAUGUAUUUCUUUUUUAUUGUCUUGAGGCUGAUCGUGUUUUGUUAUUUUUUAGAAUGGUUGUAAAUAUAUGUACCUAGAUGUAAUAUGCUAAUUGUACCUAGAGUAUAAUAUCGAUCAAAAUACCGCUUUAGAGCAGGAUAGUGAGAAUAUUUUAUUCUUAUUAAUUUGUUUUGAACUUUGUUUCAUUUUGUCAAAAAGGAGAAAUACGAUUUAUGUGUUUAAUUAUUACAAUUUAAAGCUAUUUGAACAGUAUUACAAUGUUUAUAAAUAACUAGUACUUAAUUUUUUUCUUAGUGAACUAUGUAAAGUAUAUGGUAGUCGAUUUAAAAUAGUAAUUGUACAUAACAUAAAUGGCCUAUUUAAAUAUCACUCAGUUAAGAUAGCCUAUUGGUAUUUCCAUAAAUGUCAUUGUCUUUUCUUUUUUAAGCGAAAAUAUUUUUUGUAAAGAGCAGCAAACGCUAUAUUUAUUCAUAUUUUUAAAUUAAAGCAACAACAUUUUAAGAACAUAAAUAUUUAUAUGUCAUAAGAUUUGGUUUCUAUCAAAUUUAAUUUAUAUUAUAUUAAAUAAUUAGUAUAAUUAAAACAUAAACAUCUAGGAUUCUGUAAAUAUACAAAUACUUAGCUCAAAUUCCCGGAACAAAAUAGCAUUCAAAAUAUAGUAUGUGUUACAACAUAACUUAUAGAUUGUACAAAUAUUUCUGACUUAUGGUCUUAUACAAUAUUAAUUUAAAUUAAAUUAAUACAAUUUAUUUUUCACCCAUUGUCUCUAAAAAUAAAUCAACUUAAGAUAAAAAUGAAAAAAAAAACGAAAAUAAAGAUUUUAAAAUUAAUUAGUCCACAACUCGAUUAAAUUUUAAUCAAUCACAUGGCAAAAUAUACUUAUGUAUGUAAAAACACUUACAACACAACUUAAUAAGUUUUUUUUUUUUCAGAAUACUGAACAUGUAACAUUCUGUAGGACAUUUUCUACGUGUUCCUUUCUCUGCCACAUCAAA